UGGUCAUGUUUUUCUCGCUUACCGUUUUUAUUCUGGCGCAAGACCAAGAAGUAAAAAAAAAAAACUAGCCGUUACAAAUAAAAACAUAAACUAAACUCUUUGUCUUUGUCUUCUUCCUCGUCACUCCAACCAUAAUUAGUCUUUUGCUAUAACACUCACUCACCCAACUUAUUCAUUUCCUCUCUCUCACUAAACAACAUCAAUCUUUUCUCUCUCUCUCUCUCUCUUUGGUUGUACUCCAAAAAAAAAAUAUAGAGGAAGGAGAACAAACCAAGAACUCAAGCUCCCCUGCUCUUCUCAUCUUUCUUCUUCGUUUUCUAUUUUUUUCUUUCUUCUUUAAGCUUUGAUUCUUUUGAAAUGAAUGAUCUUUACAAAAGCUCAUUUCGAAUUUAUGAAUUUAGUCUCAUUUUGUGUCUCUCACUCUUCUCUGCUCAAGCUGUUGCAGGUGGUGGUGGUGGUCACUCUUGGGAUGGUAUCGUGGUGACUCAAGGGAACUAUCAGGCGCUCCAAGCGAUCAAACAUGAACUCAUUGACUUCACCGGAGUUCUCAGAAGCUGGAACAACUCUGCCUCCUCUGAAGUUUGCUCUGGCUGGUCUGGAAUCAAAUGCCUCCGGGGUCAAGUGGUCGCCAUUCAGCUCCCUUGGAAGGGACUCGGUGGCACUAUCUCUGAGAAGAUUGGACAGCUUGGAAGUCUCAGAAAACUUAGCCUCCACAACAACGCUAUCGCCGGUUCGGUUCCUCGCUCUCUCGGCUACCUCAAGAGCCUCCGCGGGGUCUAUCUCUUCAACAAUCGCCUCUCUGGUUCAAUCCCGGCCUCACUGGGUAACUGCCCUCUUCUCCAGAGUCUCGAUCUCAGCAAUAACCAGCUGACCGGAAUCAUACCGGCUAGUCUUGCUGAAUCCACGAGGCUCUAUAGGCUCAAUGUCAGCUUCAAUUCACUUUCUGGUCCCCUUCCGGUUAGUGUAGCCAAAUCAUACACCCUCACUUUUCUUGAUCUUCAGCAUAACAACCUCUCUGGUUCUAUACCCGAUUUUUUGGUUAAUGGCUCUCAACCUCUCAAAACGCUGAAUCUUGACCAUAAUCUCUUCUCUGGAGCUGUUCCUUUGUCUCUAUGCAAACAUAGUUUGUUGGAAGAGGUUUCUUUAAGCCAUAACCAGCUCUCAGGUUCUAUUCCCAGAGAAUGUGGAGCUCUUCCACACCUUCAGAGACUUGAUUUUUCUUACAAUUCAAUCAACGGAACCAUCCCAGACAGUUUCUCCAACCUUACAUCUCUGGUUUCACUGAACCUCGAAAGCAACCACCUCAAAGGCCCAAUCCCAGAUGCCAUUGAUAGACUGCACAACCUGACGGAGCUUAACCUCAAGAGAAACAAGAUCAAUGGUUCAAUCCCAGAGAGAAUAGGGAACAUAUCUGGAAUCAAACAGCUGGAUCUGUCAGAAAACAACUUCACAGGUCCAAUCCCGCUGUCACUAGUCCACCUGGCGAACCUUUCUUCAUUCAACGUCUCUUACAACACCCUCUCUGGUCCUGUUCCACUUAUUCUCUCCAAGAAAUUCAACUCAAGCUCUUUCGUUGGAAACAUUCAGCUAUGUGGAUACAGCUCCUCAAAUCCAUGCCCUGUUCCUGAUCACCAUCAUCCUCUCACUCUUUCACCUACGUCAUCACAAGAACCAAAAAAGCACCACAGAAAACUCUCGGUGAAGGAUAUCAUUCUGAUCGCCAUUGGAGCUCUUCUAGCCAUUCUGCUUCUACUAUGCUGCAUAUUACUCUGCUGCCUGAUCAAGAAACGCGCUGCGCUGAAACAAAAAGACGGGAAGGACAAGACCUCAGAGAAGACAGUAUCUGCAGCUGCUGCAGCAACAGCAUCAACAGGAGGUGAAAUGGGAGGAAAGCUAGUUCAUUUCGAUGGUCCGUUUGUAUUCACCGCCGAUGAUCUACUAUGUGCCACAGCUGAGAUCAUGGGAAAAAGUACUUACGGCACAGCAUACAAGGCCACAUUAGAAGACGGCAAUGAAGUUGCUGUGAAGCGUCUGAGAGAGAAAACAACCAAAGGAGUCAAAGAGUUCGAAGGAGAAGUCACAGCUUUAGGCAAGAUUCGUCACCAGAAUCUGCUCGCACUCAGAGCUUACUACUUAGGACCUAAAGGAGAGAAGCUUCUCGUCUUUGAUUACAUGUCUAAGGGCAGUCUCUCUGCGUUUCUUCACGCUCGAGGACCAGAAACCCUAAUUCCAUGGGAAACAAGACUGAAGAUAGCAAAAGGAAUCAGUCGUGGAUUAGCUCACCUUCACAGCAACGAGAACAUGAUCCAUGAGAAUCUCACAGCCAGCAACAUUCUCCUCGACGAACAAACCAACGCUCACAUCGCCGAUUACGGUCUCUCAAGACUCAUGACCGCCGCAGCCGCCACAAACGUAAUCGCAACCGCCGGAACAUUGGGAUACAGAGCACCGGAAUUUUCCAAAAUCAAGAACGCAAGCACUAAGACCGAUGUCUACAGCUUAGGGAUCAUCAUAUUGGAGCUUCUGACUGGGAAAUCUCCAGGAGAGCCAACGAAUGGGAUGGAUUUGCCUCAGUGGGUAGCUUCGAUUGUGAAAGAAGAGUGGACUAAUGAAGUGUUCGACUUGGAGCUGAUGAGAGAGACGCAAAGCGUUGGUGAUGAGCUUUUGAAUACUCUGAAAUUGGCUUUACAUUGUGUUGAUCCGUCACCGGCGGCGAGGCCAGAAGCGAAUCAGGUGGUGAAUCAGCUUGAGGAGAUUAGGCCGGAGACUGAGGUGGAGACGGAGACGGCGGUGAUUGGAUCUGGAGGUGAGGGAGGUAAAGAUUUAGGAUCAAAUGAGGAGUAAAGGAAAGUUUUGGGGGGUUUAAGGAAAAAGAAUAAAGAAGAAGGGAUCUAUAUACAAAUACGACAUUUAUAUUUUUCAUUAUUAUUCUUUGAUUCAAGUAAUUUGUAUAGAUAAAAAAUUGGUUUGAAGAAGUUUGUUCUAGUAAUGUAAUGUAGUAAUUCAAUUAUUCAUUCUUUUUUGGUUCUUAGCAAUACAAUAAUUGAUUUUUAAAAAAA